AUGAAAUUUCCCACAAGGAAACAUCCUAGUCCCUACAAACUCCAAUGGUUCAAUGAGUGUGGUGAGAUAAAAGUGACCAAGAAAGCCAUCAUUAAAUUUAGCAUUAGGAGGUAUCAAGAUGAACUCUUAUGUGAUGUGGUACUGAUGCAAGCUUGUCACAUAUUGCUUAGUAGGCCUUGUCAAUUUGAUAGGGAUACGCAACAUAGUGGAAGGUCUAACAAGUAUUCAUUUGUACUUGGGGGACAAAAGUUUGCUCUUGCUCCAUUGACACCCUAUCAAGUGAACGAAGAUUAUAGAAUCAUGAAGGAACUCCGAGAAAGGGUUCAAGUGGAGGAAAUGGAGAAACGUGAUAAGGGAGCCUUAGUGGCUAUUGGUGGAGAAGGGUCAUCUCAAGAUGGACCCAAGAGAUGUAUGUUGGCCAGGCCAAGCAAUUGCUUGAAAGGAGUUGACGAGAGGCACUACAGCGGCGAAUAUGAUGAACUCUUUCCGGAAGAAAUGCCAAAAAGAUUGCCCCCAUUGAGAGGUAUUGAACAUCAAAUUGACUUUGUGCCGGGAUCACAAAUUCCCAACAAACCAGCAUAUAUGAACAAUCCGAAGGAAACAAAAGAAUUGCAAAAACAAGUUGAAGAGCUUCUAGAAAAGGGUCUAGUGAAGGAAAGCCUUAGUCUAUGUGUCGUGCCGGUGAUUCUUGUUCCAAAGAAGGAUGGCACUUGGAGGAUGUGCAUUGAUUAUCGAGCCGUUAACAAAAUCAUGGUAAAGUAUCGCCAUCCUAUUCCUAGACUUGAUGACAUGUUGGUUGAGCUUUGUGGCUCAAUUGUGUUUUCUAAAAUUGACCUUAGAAGUGGCUAUCACCAAAUUCGUAUGAAUCCUGGUGAUGAGUGGAAAACAACCUUCAAGACUAAGUUCGGUUUAUAUGAGUAG